AUGGCACCAGCACCCAUUGCCUCGCCGUCUCAGGCAGAUACUCCCAUGACUGACGUAGGCGACGACACAAUUCCCUCGAUUCCCGUGGAUGCUCCACAGAGCUAUCAAGACACUCCGGACUAUACGGAUUCGGACACCAAUCCCAAUACCACUGCCAGCAGCGUCGCAGGCGACUUUGCAACAGCAGAUGGGCGUCGUCGCCGGUCAGAAGCUACUCAACUGAGAAAAAGCAUUCUUGGCAAGAAGCAUGGACGUUUGGACGAGUCCAAGGAAGAUGAUUCCAUUCGCCGAUUUCGAUACCUACUUGGCUUGACCGACCUAUUUCGCCACUUUAUUGAAACCAACCCCAACCCGCGCAUUAAGGAAAUCAUGGCCGAGAUCGAUCGACAGAAUGCCGAGAGUGAGAACAGGGCCCGCAAGGGAUCUGCCCGCUCUGGCGGUGCCGGUGGUGACCGACGUCGCAGGACUGAACAGGAAGAAGAUGCUGAGCUCCUGAGAGAUGAGAAGCGGGGCGGCGACACAACGACAGUCUUUCGGGAGUCACCCGCCUUCGUCCACGGCCAGCUGCGUGAUUAUCAGAUUGCCGGUCUGAACUGGCUAGUUUCUCUUCAUGAGAAUGGUAUUUCCGGUAUCCUCGCGGAUGAGAUGGGUUUAGGCAAGACUCUCCAGACAAUUUCUUUUUUGGGCUAUCUACGCUUCAUUUGCGACAUUCCUGGGCCUCAUCUGGUUGCGGUGCCGAAAUCUACUCUUGAUAACUGGAAGCGCGAGUUUGCGAAGUGGAUUCCCGACGUUGACGUUCUUGUCCUCCAAGGUGACAAGGAUGAGCGACAGCGCUUGAUUAACGAACGUCUUGCUGAUGAGAACUUUGAUGUUUGCAUUACUAGCUAUGAGAUGAUCCUUCGCGAGAAGUCUCAUCUGAAGAAAUUGCCCUGGGAGUAUAUCAUUAUUGAUGAGGCCCAUCGAAUUAAGAACGAGGAGUCCUCGCUGUCACAAAUUAUUCGCCUUUUCAACUCUCGCAACCGAUUGCUGAUUACGGGUACCCCUCUGCAAAACAACCUGCAUGAGCUAUGGGCCCUACUCAAUUUCCUGCUCCCUGAUGUAUUUGGAGACUCCGAUGCUUUCGAUCAGUGGUUUUCCAACCAAGAGUCCGAUCAAGAUACAGUGGUGCAGCAGCUCCAUCGCGUUCUUAGGCCGUUUUUGCUUCGGCGUGUUAAGAGUGAUGUCGAAAAGAGCUUGCUUCCAAAACAGGAGAUGAACCUCUACGUGCCUAUGGCGGAGAUGCAGGUGAAGUGGUAUCAGAAGAUUUUGGAGAAGGAUAUUGAUGCUGUGAAUGGUGCAGCUGGCAAGCGUGAAUCGAAGACUCGUCUGUUGAACAUUGUCAUGCAGCUGCGAAAGUGCUGUAAUCAUCCUUACCUGUUCGAGGGCGCCGAGCCUGGCCCCCCCCUACACGACUGA